AUGUACGUACCGACAAAGCCGAAGCGAAAAGCGGACAACCAAGAGUGGCUACGCGGCAAGGACAUCGCGUAUGAAGCUUACAUGGUGAAGGCCGAGCUGUUGGAGUUGGUCGCGCGCAACCGGGGUAAGCCGGUUUAUUCGUCGCAGUUGAUCGCUACAAAAAACUACGGUCACAUUCUGUAUUUCAAGCCGCCUUACCAUCUUGAGCUCCAGCCGAUCGAGCUCGUGUGGGGGAUGGUGAAGAACCGCGUGGCACUGCGUCCAUCGAAGAACGUCGCGGAGCUCGAGGAACGUCUAUGGACGUUGUUUGGAGAGGUGAACAGUCAUGAUUGGGUGUCGUCCUACCGCAAGGCGCAGAACUACGAGGAUAGAUACGAGGCACUUGAUGAAGACGUUGCCUUUGUCUCGAGCGGCGAGGAAGAGGAUAGCUUCGGUGGGUCUUCCAUUGGCAGUGAUUAA